AUGGCGAAGGAUAGAAGAGAUCGUUCUAGGUCAUUUGAUAGGUACAGAACAUCCCCAUACCCAAGCAGUUCCAAACGUCCCAAGCUCUCUUCACCCAAGGUGUCUUCAUCAAAGCCAGAUGAAAACAUACAAGAAUUUGAAGAUGCCCGGUGCCCCGUUUGCAUGGAGCAUCCACACAACGCCAUCCUCCUCAUUUGCUCAUCGCACGACAAAGGUUGUCGGCCGUACAUGUGUGACACCAGUUAUCGUCACUCGAACUGCUUUGAUCAGUUCCGUAAAUCGUUCAAGCAGCAGCCCUCAGCACCACCGCUUGAAGAGAGUAGUAUUAGGGGCUCAACAGAGGUAGUAGUAGUCAAUUCAGAAUCAGCAACUGUUCCGAGCUCUGCUGGAAGUGGUAGUAGUAGCUGUGACAACAAGGUGCCACCUCAGCUGAUGUGCCCCCUAUGCCGAGGCCACAUCAAGACGUGGGUGGUACUGGAACCAGCUCGGAGCUUCAUGAACUCGAAAUCAAGAAGCUGUGCCAGCGAGGCCUGUGAAUUCAGCGGCACGUAUUCUGAUUUGAGGAAGCACGCGAGGCACGAGCACCCCCUCGUCAGGCCGUCGGAGGCCGACCCCGAGAGGCAGCGGGAUUGGAGACGGAUGGAGCGCCAGAGGGAUUUGGGGGACUUGCUGAGCAUGCUACAGGCCUCGUUUGGUGAAGAUAGGGUGGGGCUCGACGAUGACAGCACCGACAUAAUGAUGCCGCCCAUUGAAGAUGGCAGUUUCCUUACCUUCUACUUCCUCAUUAGGGUUUUCAGACCGGGGGUCAUAGUCAGUGGGUCAAGGAGUAGAGGGUCAUCAAGUGCUGGAAGGCGGUCGACUGCUACUAGUGCAGAUCGUUGGGGGGAGCUUCGCAAUGAUGAAGAGACUGGAUCUUCUUCCGGGGAAGAGGAGCACAACAACAAUGAUGACUCGGAUGGAGCGUCAGUACCCUCCAGGCAAAGCGAGCGGAUUCGAAGGCAGCGGAGUUCACCAGACUCUGAUGGAGUGCCCCCGACUCUAAGGCAAAGCGAGCGGAUUAGGAGGCAGCGAAGGACUCCAGACUCGUUCACCUCGCUCUCGCUCUCGCUCGUCUUUUCUUCUUCCUCUUUGCUCCCAUGGAGUGAACCGAACCUCCACACCGCACCAGCUUCCGAUUUCUAUCUGGGAGGGGCAAAAAGCUUUGCUUGCUCCCGCUGGCUCUGUAAUUCGUAUCUGUUGCAGCUUUCGCGAAUGGGGUCUGAAACCAUCUCGGGCUCCGAGAAGGAGAAUUCGAACGAUAGCGCUGAAACCCUCGUGACGCUGAAUGUCUACGAUCUCACCCCUGUCAACAAUUACACCUACUGGUUCGGAUUCGGGAUUUUCCAUUCCGGCAUUGAAGUUCACGGGAAGGAGUAUGGAUUUGGAGCUCAUGACUUCCCAGUCAGCGGAGUUUUCGAAGUCGAGCCAAGAGAAUGCCCCGGUUUCAUUUACAGAUGUUCCAUCCCAUUGGGGACCAUAAAGAUGCCGCCUACCGAGUUCAGGACAUUCAUAGAGGGUAUGGCUUCCGAGUAUCAUGGAGACACGUAUCACCUAAUCUCCAAGAACUGCAACCAUUUCACAGAUGAUCUAAGCUCCAGAUUGACAGGAAAGAGAAUCCCAGGUUUUGUAAAUCGCCUCGCCCGCCUAGGUUCUCUGUGCAGUUGUUUGCUUCCUGAAAGCCUUCAAGUAACUUCAGUGAAACCGCUACCUGAACACCAUGACUUGGAAGAUGGAAGCGAGUCCGUGACAACUGGCACCCCACCCUGCGAACAAAUGGAAAUCGAUGAUACCGAUCAAGAGAGGCACCUUUUGUCUCCCAGCAGUGGAGCUAUAGAAGUGUUGUUUGUCAAAGAGAGAACUCCCACAGAAGAAGAAAAGCUGUCUCAUUGAGGGUUGUAUACAAAAGAAGGGGAAUAUGCCUCCUUUUUAUCCUUUUCAAAUUCACUGCUGCAGAAUCCCCCAAGACACGAACUCAUGCGUAGGAUGCACAGAUAUAGGAUCCUCAAUUUGCUUGCUUUUUCCCUUGCCAAUCCUGUAUAAAGGCUGCAAGGAAGGAGAGCCUCACAAGUCACAAAACUUGGGUUAGUGCUUUUCUGUUGGCUUGCAUUUUUUCUUUUGCUUCUGGUUUUUGUUGUACCAUUGUUAGGUUUACCACUUGAUUGUCAUACGGCUUCCACUCCACUCUGGAUUGUGCCACAGAUUGCUGCUACAGACUUUCUGCUUUGAUCUGUAAUUGUAUUCAUGCCUUGUACUGGCACUUUCCUAGUUGGAGGAAAUGAAUUCUUGAAAUUGAUUCAGAAGUCAAUGUGGUAUUAUCUUCAUCAAUGCAAUUGUCUUGUUUGUAGGGUUAACAGAAACAACUAAAUCUGGGGACC